CCUCCCCGCCUACCACUUGUUAGAUGAACGCGUUGUACAUACGCGGCAGUCCGCCGAUAGACACCAAGUAAUAUAAACUUAAUAUCAGAGAAAGAUACGCGUUAAGCAAAAGCAAAUCCUGGAGCGAAAGGUGAACUUGAAAGUGAUUUACUGUAGGAAGCUUUCAGAAGAAAACACUGACAAACAGGCUGUCUUGUCUUUUCAAGGUGGCAGUUGGUUGUUUUGAGAAUCCGCAGAUUACUUUGAAAGCAAAAAAGGCAACCAAGUCAUCAACCUUAAGCACUCGUGUUAUGGAAGUUGCUUAUCUGAGAGCGCACACCUGGAUAUUUCGUUUCUAAGAUACGUCCAGGAAUUUCACGGUUAUUAGAAUAUUCGGCAACUGAAGAGAGGAGAGGUAUUAGUGUUCCACAAACACUUUAUUAACUCAUCAAUAUACUUAUUCAUCCUAAACUCGCAAGGGCGCAAGUUUCUAGUCGUCUUCAGCUGUUUAUCACCAAGUAACCACAGACAGUUAAGGGAGAAGCGUAAAUCUGCCAAUUAGCGCAGCGCGUCUUCCUUACGGUGCAUCAUCGGGUUGCAGAAAGGUGUGUUGCAGAUACUUCUUUCUUCUACCGCAAGUUGUACCGACCAGGUGAUUUUUCGUAGACUUUAGCUAAAUGUUUUAAGUACUUUGCCGCCUUUGAAGCCAAGCUAAGGUUGUAUUCCACCCACCUGACGGGAUUUCGUACGUUUUCAUGUUCACUGCCGUCGCCUAGUGUACGGCAAACCCGACGUUACUUUGAAACGAAACGACACCCAGUUGGCUGAUUUAGAGCAAGAACGUGGUUGAGCGCUGAAUGGACGCAUUUUAUUCACAGUUACCGUGUAUCAAAGAGGGUGAAGACUGAGAAAGUGGUUCUUUUGCGCUGACUGGUUCCCCCUACCUUCCAAACCAGGUGGGCAUAUCAAUCUCAUACGUGAAGUAAACAUAGUUUGUGGUUUGAUUCACCUAAGAAGAUCGCCCAGAUCCGUUACAGCUGCGUUAAGGCAUGAUUCAGGUUUGAACUAUAAGGGUUCCAGCCGCAUCACUGACAUCAUUUCAGCGCACACCUGUGAUAAUCACUGUCUGUCAGAUUACUCCGCCUGCCGAAGAAGAUUCGCAGAAAUCGUUUGUCUCUCGGAAAGCACCGACUGUUGCUGACUCCCAGAAUUCGCCUAAAUCGACUGGUUAUUGUUCUUACACACAUAUCUACUCAUCAUGCCUAGGGCUUUCAUGAUAACGAACAAAAGAUACAACAACGAAGAGGAUGGAUGCUAUCUCUCGGAGAAGGCCCAUGGUUUCUCAGAACCCAUUGAACUUGAAAAACCGACUGAGAAACUUGAGGGCGCCCUGAGGUUGGCAAAUGAGUGCUUUGAUCAGUGUGGUACCCUUCACAGCCUGGCACUGGUGGCCGCAGAAAGCGAAUACCUGGCAGCUGCCACCUCAAAACGCACCACCUUUGGACAGUUGGUCCACAACGAGCCCCAAGCUGCCCAUUCUCCUCCUCAGUCAAUGCUUUUUGAUCAAGACAGUUGCUCUUAUUUUCAAAGCCUAAACGGCCGCCAAGACAGCGAAUAUGCGAGAGUUCGCGAAACUCUGAUUGACGAUUUUAGCCAACGACACGCCAACGUCCAAGACCUCUACGUUGAAUCGUCCUCUCCAAACGGGAAGAACCGUGGAUCGUACCCAUUAGAUUUUAAUCUAAAUGUUCUAGUUGACAAAGCUUUAGAGGAAAUAAAUGUCGCAGAGAAUUACAUCUGCCCCGACUGCGGUAAGCGCUAUAGCACGUCUAGCAACCUUGCCCGUCAUCGUCAAACACAUCGCAGUGUAAACGACAAGAAGGCGCGCAAGUGUCCGCAUUGUGAGAAAGUCUAUGUUUCAAUGCCAGCAUAUAGUAUGCACGUGCGCACACACAACCAAGGGUGCGUCUGUUCCUUCUGUGGCAAACGUUUCAGCCGACCGUGGCUUCUGCAAGGACACAUUCGCACGCACACCGGCGAGAAACCGUUCAAGUGUAACAUUUGCGAUAAAGCUUUUGCCGACAAGUCGAACCUGCGGGCUCAUACUCAGACUCAUUCGAAUGAGAAGCCUUUCACUUGUGAACGGUGCGGAAAGGCAUUCGCCCUGAAGAGCUACCUAUACAAGCACGAGGAGUCCUCCUGUAUGCGAGGACAAAGGCGGAUGAGAUAGGAAGUUUUUUUAGGGCAGUAUCAUCCAGAAUCUAUUGUAUGCUUGAAAGAUAGUUUUGUCUACAAGUAAUACGGAGAAAUACUUCCGUGGCAAGCCGUCCAGUGUUUUUUGUGGAUAGUCUAAUUUUUUACAUUUUGUAUAUUGUCACAAAGGUGAACAAAUCUUGACCUGUUGGUAAUGAUAUCGGUCAUUUCUUAUUGUAUAUUUUUUGUUUUACAAGUUAGACGUUCGUCCAAUUAUAAAGAGUUGUGCAACAACCAAAAAUUAGAUUUAAAGCGCGUUUACAUCCAUAUUAGUGACGUAUUUCCGCUGCAAAGCAAGGACCAAUUAAUUCAAAGAGUUCUAUUUUGUUUAAAGAACAUUUCUUUAUGUUAGAUUUUAUUUUCAUUUGCUUUAUAGCAAGCACGGGAAUAAGUCUGUGUACAUAUUAUGUGUGACAACAUGAAAUCUAGAGAAAGUAAUUUUACUAUAACACUGGACCAAUUGAGUGUAAACAACAUAUAUAUCUGUCCUUUCGCCAGACUCUCUGUGUCUGCUUUGAAAUAUAGAAAAUGAAAACAUGUUUGUAAAACGCUUUUAUACAUAUUAGUGCAUUGGCCAUCCCUGGCCUGUAAUUUAUUACAUUUAUUUCUUUUACGGUUGUUAUAAUUAAUUUAACUGGAUAUAAAUAUGCCGGACGAAGUGCAAUGAAGUUUUUAGAACUCCUAAAGUGUGUGCGAGUGUGUGUUGCCUGUAAUAUAAAUAAUUGGUUUUCUUUGAUUGUGUUUACGUGUGUGUGUGUGUGUGUGUGUGUGUGUGUGUAGUGUGAGAGAGAGAGAGAGAGAGAGAGAGAGAGAGAGAGAGAUCUCAGCUAAUUUCAGCCAUUUCAGCGAUGUUAAAAAAGAAAAUCUAGCAAGGUUACGCUAAAUCUGUAUUAUUUAAGGGAGCAGGUGGUCUGUGAGGGUGAAAAAUUAGCAACACGUGCACUUGAUUGUUUUUUCUACAUCAACACACUUUUGAAAACACAAAUCUAUCUCGGGACUCUAGGAAAAGGCCUUGUCUAUAAAUUUGAAGUCCAAGAGCUAAGAAACUUUGCUGAAGCCCGUUCCUGGGAAAUGUCAGAGGAAUAUAAAUUCACAGUCUAUGAAAUGGUAUUCUCUGUGACAAUGAACAUCUCCACUGUAGUGGCCUUAUGUUGCAAGUGCAUUCCGAAGGCGGUUUUGUUGUGGCUGGUAUUUAUGCGACAUCUAGAACACUUACAUGGGACUUCAAAAAAAAAAUUGGCCCUUUUGUGUUGUGGAUAUAUUUGCAUUUAUCCCAGACACAGGCUGCAACGUUGUUCAGCUUUUUGAUUGGACGAUAUCGCGCCUUAAAGUGUUCUCGGUGUCAAGUCUCGUGCCAGCCGCACGCGAGCGCCAUACCAUAUAAGGGAUUCAGAAACUUUAAUAGGGUUUCAAAUUUCCAUAUCGUGAAUGGAACACGAUGAAAAGUUGGAGUGCACGCGGCCCCUUUCCUGAAGUCGGUUGUCAGUGUCGCACGUGUGCCUGAAUGGUAACCUGAUUUAUAUAUCAUAGAUAACUUUCAUUUUAUGUACAUAAGCGUUUCCUUUUUGGUUUGGUGCAAUUUGUGUAUAUUAUUCAGUGUAAAUGAUUUUUUUCUUAAGAGAUUAAGUUUACUGCGUUUUUUAUGCGUAAAUCAAGCACUUUGUAAUGUAUAUUUGACGUAGUAAUGAAAAUGAACUGUAGAUUGUAUGGAGAUGAGUCUGAUCUCCACCUGUCAUUUUAACAUAUCAAAUUUGUGUUUGUAAAUCGUGGUUUUUGUAUCAAACCCUGCAGUUGUACAGCAGCAGUCCUAGAACUAGAGGUUACAUAACUUAUACAGUGCAUUUGCUUCUGUGAACCUUUUUCCGCCAGACUGGUGCAAUGUUCCUGCUUACUGUUUCGGUUUUAUGAAUUACCACUCAAACUGAGUCUCAAUACUAAAUAUACCAAGUCUUCUCUUAACUUAUUGGUUUAAUUCGUACAUUUAACCAUAAGACAAGUUAACUGUUGGCGUACCAGCUUAAGCAAUUUUAAUGAGUCUGCUAAUGGCAAUAUCUUUAAUGCGUCUGAAACAGACGGUGGAGUGUGCGGUACGCUUUAACACGUAUGUAUAUGUGAAAAUUGAAUUACAGCAGUUUUAAAUAAA